UGACAUUUUUUAAAAUUUUGGACAACAUACUAAACUAUGACAUUUUAGUGGAAUCAUCCUUUAAAACACCAAGUUUUAAAGCAGAGCAAGAGAGUCUCACAAGCCCCUCCCCCUUCCAAACAACAGUUUCUAAUGCCUGCAUUAUAAAAUCUGAAAAUGUCCAAAAAAUAUAAAACUUAAACUUUGCUCGUUGAAAAACCUGUAUGUAUCAAGUCAUGUAUCAAACAUUUCAGUUAGGUGAGAAAAGUCUUGUGAUCUGUUUAACGUUAGAACCAUGUCUACGUUAAAGUAUGACAUCACUGUGAGGCUCCAUGUGGAAAUUAUUCGCAGUCUUUGCAACUUUUGUUGCCUUUGUUUGCUCGAAGCGCUUAGAAAAGUAAAAGCACGCCAUUCCCGAUCAAACCGCAGGGUUAGGGUUUUGAUACAGGAUGUGUGGGGGUUUUCUCAAAACUGUGGGAAGAGUCUCCCUAAUUCCCUCGCUCCACCUCCCCACCCCCCAUAGCCCUUUCACGCAUGCACCUGUCCCUCUUCCAAACGUCUGAGAAACAGAGAAAACAGCAUGUUUUAACAGGUAUCAAAACUUUGAGUUCGGUGAGAAAUGUCCCAAGUCUUGUGACAGUUUUUUGUGAUUUUUGUUGCCAUGGUUACUCGAAACGCUUAUAAAAGUCACAGCACACGAUUCCCGAUCAAACCGCACGUUUUGAUAUAGGAUGCUCCUUUGCAUGUGUCUCAGUAUCUGUGUGCGUCUCUUGUACGACCCCAUAGCAAGACCCUGUGUGUGUGUGUUUGUGUGUGGGUGUCUGUGGAUUUUGGGUGUCCGUGUCUUCUGCAGGGUGUAUAAGUGGGUGUGAGUUUCCUUUCCCUGUAUCCUCCCCUGGCGCCCCUCCCCUCCCUGAUGACUUGUGUGUGGUGUUUGUAGUGGAACUGGACAAGGGACCCUACGGACUGGGCAUGGGACUCAUAGACGGCCUGCACACUCCACUCAACGCUCCAGGCAUUUACAUCCGGACUCUGAUCCCUGACGGACCUGCUGCCUCCGACGGCAGACUGAGGAUCGGAGACCGCAUCCUGGCCGUGAACGGGACGAGUCUGAUCGGUGCGGACUACCAGAGCGCGGUGGAUCUGAUUCGUCUGGGAGGAGGUCGACUCCGCUUCCUGGUCGCAAAGUCUGACCCCGAGGUUUCAGAGAAGAUCAGCGCGUCCUCCUGCUGACCACGUCCACUGCCCGGCUCAGAAACACACACACACACACACACACUACAGGAGAGGUAGGACAGCGAAGGGACACAGACACGGCGAAUCCUCCAUGCUUACACAUACGCGGCAUGAAAUAUGAAUGUGAAAACUACUGUCAGCACAGCACAAAGCCAAGCAAUCAAACUGGAGGUAUCACUCCACACCAUGACUUCCAGACCUGUCUCACUCCUGCGCGGUCUGUGCGACUGCACAUGUCUAAUUCACCACUGGGCUGUUGGAGCAUGAGUGCACAUUGGGUUUAGUGUCAUAUAAUAUUUCAGGUGUUAAGUAGCAUGGUACAACAGUUUCCCAGCUGUCACACACAAGUGGACUCCUGAAACCAUGGCGACGACAUCAGUCAAAGCUGGACAAAGCUGGACGUCUUGGAGAGUUUUAUAAACCUGUUUGAAACAUUGCGUAUGAAUGUUGACUCUUGCACUAACAGAGGAGGAAAACUCACAAACGUGUCAAUGUACAGCUCAGAUGAACUUUGACCUUCACUCAAAGAAGAAAACAAACCGCCGUGCAGCUGCUUUGGGACUUGAAUUAAGAACCAGCUGCACAGUCCCGAUGUGUAUAAACCCACCCCUUUUUUUGUGACUACACUAUGUAUGUAUCUGGUUAAGACGUGUAAAUAAUUGUAAAUAUUUAACACUCGGUCAUCUACAAAUGUAGUUGUUGAACUUUUUUCAGAACUGUAUUUCUCAGUGAAUACUGAAACCUACUGAUGAGGAGUAUUAUCAGGUGAGAGGAAUCCACCUUAAGUGUUGUGUCAUUUCUCAAAAGUGGAUUCAUUUGUUUUAACGACAAUUAACGCAGCUGUAGAACAUCCACGGAUUGUUCAAGGGUUUACAAAAGAGCAUGUAUGAAAUGAUGCAGAUGUUGUCUUUCCUGGAAACACCCAUUCACUAAACUGCAGUUUAGAAACAGUUUGCAUUGUAAAUGGUUCCAAUGAAGAAUGUCUGAAGAUUAUCCAGAGUAACAGAGAUUAUUUCAUAUAUACAGUAUAUAUAUGUAGAUACACAUAUAUGUAUCUACAUGUAUAUACGUAUACAUACAGGUGUUGGCACAAAUCUAAGGUUGCACUGAAGUCCAGACAUUUCCCUGAAAUGAUGCUCCAGAAAUUUCCCGCCAGCUCCUCCGUGCUCAACCCAGACACCAACCCCUCGGCCUUGUCUGAAUGUUUUUGAUAUUUCCUCAUAUUUUAACAUUUAACACUGGCACACUCAGGGAAAUGUCUACUCUACAUCGUCUCCAAGAGGCAAAUCUAAAAAUCUAGGCAAGAAAAACAUUGUACUGACCCAGGACAUUAGCACAGCCGUUCUCUGAAACAAGCAACAAUUCUGAAUUUAAAGUUUUAGGUACAAGCCUCAGUGUCUCAUCCCAGAUCUGUCGGUUAUUUUCAGUAUAACUGCUGAAUAUUCUAAAAUGAGUUAAUGGUCGUUUAGUCUGUUCAACACCCAGAGCUUUUGAGACCAAAGGAUUUGAUUUCCCAAAUUUGCCACUUUUACUCCUUUCCAACACUAAUGUGAAGACACUCUGUGUGGUUUUGUGUUGUUCCAAUGUCUGUUUAACUAGUUUUAAUUUCUUAAUUAUUCCACACACGUCAACAUCAGUCUCGUUUUACUCUCAAGUUCCGAUUCCAGUCCUUUGCAGGGACAUUUCCAAGGUUUGUUGGCCGCAUACAUGUCUGUUCUUCUCUGGUCAUUAUUUAUACUGUUAAAAAUGAUGGUACUUGAUAAUAAAGAGUGUUGGACAAUUGUA